AUUCUGCAGACAGACUGCAGUUGAUCAGGUUUUCUGUUCUGGAUUUGAAGAAACUAUUGUUCCUUUGGGCAGUUUUACUGAACCUGGAUCAGUUUUCGGUGUAUAAAUCAAACAGAAUUAAUUUCAUCAGUAUUUUUUAUCGAUCAGGCCAGAGCUCCAGCAAUGCAUCACUUAAUUUCUUUACUGUUAGUCAUUAUUGGGCUGCAUUUGAGCAUUCAGACAUUUGUAAUGGAUUCUGAUCCAGACAUCAACAGAAAAAACAGAUGGUGGCUGAAAGUGUACUAUGCAACGAACUGGGGCUCAUGGGGGUCUAAGGACAUCUGUCCAAAUGGAACGUAUGCUGCAGGGUUCAGUCUAAAGGUGGAACAACUUUCCCAUGGCUUUUGGGGUGAUAACACUGCACUCAAUGGGAUUCGCCUUCACUGCAUCGAUCCGUCUAAGGGCUUAUCAAGCUCAUAUGAGAACUAUGCCACAGUUCAGUCAGAAGUAGGAAGCUGGGGUCAGUGGACAGAAAUCAAAUGGUGUCCUUCUGGAUUAUUGACAGCUUUCCAGCUGAGAGUUGAAUCUUCCCAAGGAAUUGAAGACGACACUGCCGCAAACAACAUCAGAUUCAGAUGCAGUCAAGGGUCUUUGCUGGAGGGUGACGGCACAAACUGGGGCGAGUGGGGCGGCUGGAGCUCAACAUGUAAAGGAAAAGCGAUUUGUGGCAUCUGGACACAGGUAGAAGCGCCACAGGGAAUGAGAGACGACACCGCUCUCAAUGACGCGAGCAUGUUAUGCUGCGAUUAAGGCGAAAGAGGACGAUAACUGAUCGAAUGCAAUGAUGAGCUAACAAAACUGUAGUAUUACACUGUUCAUGUAAGUGAAAGUGCAUAUUCAGCUGGUCAUUAUCACAAAAUAAAAUUCUAACAGGAUGAUCAAGACCCUAAAUAAAGCCAAGGUUGACUGGAUCAUCUCACUUGUUUUUUUUUUUUUUUUGUGCCAAAUAUCAGCAUUAAAGUGUCUAUCUGAGAAGCA